AUGCCUGCAAGACAACAAGCCGCUCGCCAAGAGCAAUAUACCUGUGAAUAUUGUUCUGAGUUGUUUUUGUCUCAACGCGGCUAUAAUAUCCACGUCAGCAGAAAGGGGGCGUGUAUCGAGGAGCACAGGGCAUCAAUAGCCAAAGCAGAAGCAGGGGUUGGUGACGCAUAUACCCAGGAACAUGAGGUUGAGCAGCUGGAUAUUAUCAACAAAGAUGCUUUGGACGAUAUCAAAAUGGAAGCUAUUGACAUACCAUGGGAUGAACUUUACGCCACCAAGAGUGAGGAGGCUGAACAGCCCAAGCACGAGCGCAUACAAGGGACCAAAUCGUUUGUCAAGCAUUUUCCAGUUGCAACUGCAGGGGCACCGAUUCAACCAGCCACUGAGCAAGAACUUAACCAACUGGGACAAACCCGCAAAGACGUUGGCCCCCUCUCUGAUCCCAAGGUGUUCAAAGUUGCUGAACUACUUGUAACUUUGGGAAUGUCCAGCAAAAAGCGGACAAAACUACUCAAAUUGGAGCAGUUCCAGGGUACAACCCCCUGGAACAAUAACCGUGAAAUGAUCAUGGACGUUGAUAAGUACCUACCGCGUGGGCUCAACUGGAACAUCACAACAAUGAAGCUUGUUGGGAGCAACGGGUCUGAACAUGGGCAACUUUGGCACCAAGAUUCACUACUCGCUAUUAGCAAGAUGUGUAAAAACCCUACCUUCAAGCAUCUAAUCCAAUGGCAACCUACCCGUGUGUGGACAAGUCCAACCCGUGAGACACAAAAGUUUGGCAAGACCAUGGCUGCGAACCGCAUAUGGAACCUUCAGGCGAGUCUAAAAAUGCACCCUGACAAACACGCAACCCUGAUCCCAACAUUCCUUGCGUCUGACAAAACCACACUUACCGUCCAUGUCGGCAAUCAAAAGGCGCAUUGCGUAUACUUGACCAUAGGAAAUAUCCCCAAACAUACCCGUCGUCAAAUAUCAAAACAAGCAAUGGUUUUGAUUGGUUACAUACCGGUGAUGAGCCUGGACUGCAAACCGGACCCAGUGAAGAAAGCGCACUUAAAGCGCAAGUUAUUCCACGCUUGUAUGCGUAAGCUGGUGGAGCCCUUGAUCAAGGCAGGCAAGCAUGGGGUCAAGGUUGUCUGCUCAGAUGGAUUUGUGCGGCGCAUAUACCCUGUGUUCUGUGGUGUGCCGCCUGACAAAUGUGGCGAUUAUACCAACUAUCCACUUUGCAAUCGUGAAAGGACCCUGGAGGCGAUUGAGCAGCAUUGCAGGGAGGGUUCAGCUGUAUUUGAAACCCUUGGUUUAGUGGACAUCAAACCAUUUUGGGCCGACUUACCAUGGGUAGACACUGGAACACUUUGCCCCCCGGACCUACUGCACCAGCUAUACAAGGGCAUGUUCAAAGACCACCUCUCAAAAUGGUCGGCACAUGUUGUAGGAGCAAAAGAGUUCGAUAACCGGUAUAUUGCAAUGUCCCCCCACCACGAUUUGCGGCACUUCAAGAAAGGCGUUACAAAAAUCAGUUGCUGGACCGGGAAAGAGGCCAAGGCUCAGUGUAAAUUGUUCUUACCAAUUGUUGCAGACCAAGAACCAGAGGUUAUGGCAUGCGCGCGUGCGUUGACGCGCUUCAUGUAUCUUGCGCAUUCAUUGGAGCUAACAGAAGACAAUCUGGUGGAGAUGGAUGAAUACGUUCAAGAGCUCCAUGAAAAUAAAGAAAUCUUUUGA